CAGGUGAAUUCAGCAGCUGGGGUUUGCUCAACGCUGGAAGUUAGCGUGGACUCUCUCUGGGGUAAAUGUCGGUGUGUUUUUGUGGACUCACUGUCUUGACACCCUCGCUGCGAUUAUAUAACCUCGGACAGGCUGCUCAGCCCUCAGAACUCGCUCGCACAGCGUCGCACAGAUGGGUGAAGAGAAGAAAAGCUCCGAGGCAGUGAAAUACUACAGACUGGCAGAGAUAGAGAAGCAGAACUCCUUCAAAUCGACGUGGAUCAUCAUCCACAACAAAGUCUACGAUGUGACCAAGUUUCUGGAGGAGCACCCCGGAGGAGAGGAGGUGCUGAGGGAGCAGGCCGGAGGAAACGCCACGGAGAGCUUCGAGGACGUCGGACACUCCACCGACGCCCGAGAGAUGGCCAGCAGCAUGGUGAUCGGAGAGGUGCACCCGGAGGACAGACACAAGCUCUCCCAGCCUGAGGAAACACUGGUGACCACUGUGAAGGAAGAGCCCAGCUGGUGGUCGAACAUGCUGGUCCCCGCUCUGGUUGCAGUCAUCGUCACGGUGAUAUACAACAUGUACUCCUCUGAGUGAUGUCAUCACACACUGAUGUGAUGUCACCAGCAAGCACCGACGUCUGAUUGACAGCCAAUAGCAAUGAGAGGUUGCCAUGGCUCCUCCUCCCAGCGUUGGGUGGCGUUUUUAGAGCAGACGAGCGGCGGCUGCGGACCACCUGACCAAAUAGACACACCCCCGCAGGAGCGUCUGUUCUAGGAUCACCGACUCUACGCCAGUAAUGACCCUGUAAUUCAUUUCAUCCUGAUUAACCUAUCAACCAAUGAUGUGGCAUUAUGUUAAUGAAGUAAUUUACAUUGUUGAAUUCACCGUGACAACGGGCGCCGCAGCGAAUCCUCAUGCUCUGAAAUUGUGUAGAAAUGCAGCGGGUGUAUAAUUUGUUAAACUUUUUAUAUGUUUGUAACCGAAUGUAAAUAAAAAUUUAAACAUGCAGUAAGCAGCUAACGACGCGUCAUGUAACUGCGUCAUGUGACGUCACAGCCGCCAUGACACUCACCUGUUAAAGUGGACCUAUUCUGCUCAUUUCCACCAUUUUUUUCGUAGUCAAAUUAAAAAAAACGUGAACACAUCCUCUAUCUUAACACUGCCCCCUGGUGGUGAAAAAUACCUUCAACUAGCUUUAUUCUGAUUGGCUGGUUUGAACAACAGGUGGGUGGAGCUUCUGUUCCUUAGGUGACCGUAUAAGUUCCUCUCUGUUACAUCAGAGAGACCCAAAAGUAGAAAAAGUGUGGUAAACGGAGCCUUUGGAGCUCACUCACAGGCGUCAUUAUUAAAGCUUUUCCAGGACAGGAAGUAUGACCCGGCGGACGAGGAGCAGGAUGAGUCCACUUAACUGUUGUGUAGCUGGUGCGCAGGAACCAGAGUCCGGUCACAGCGUCCGUGUGCUUGUUUGAGACCACGCACACUUGAUCCAGAGAGCAAACGUGGAAGAUUAACAACAUGAUCUCCGAAAAUGUUCCACAAUUUGCCGUCCAAUCGUAACGCCUCUCAGACUGUCUGAAGAGCCUGUACAUAAAAGAUGGACCCAGCCAACGUGUUGGCGUAAGAAAGAGCUGGUCGCUGUCAAUCACAGAGUAGCCACACCCUAAAUCAUUUGACCCUGAAUUGGGACAAAAUCUAAACGACUAAAACCUGCGACUGAGACCAUCAGGCAGAUUUUACUGAGGUUAAAAAGAGAGACUGGCUGCUACACGCAGCCGACUCAUUCAGACCGACGCACACGUCCAUCUUCUACGUACAGUCUACACGCAGUCGAGGUCAGAUUUACUGCCAUUUUUUAUUUCGUGCUGCUGUGUUUGCAGGAAAUUAUCGAAUAAAAACAUUCAGACGUCGA